GAUUUAGGAGUCUAUUUUCAGCCCCGACAUUAGCGCCAAGGAAACAUUGUAAACUGAGGCUUGGGAGGCGGUCCUUUUUGCUUCAUGCUAAGACACGUGGGGAUGUAGGACCGAGUGGGGAUUAUAUAUCACCCCCGCACCCUGGAGGAGUGUAAAUAUAAGGUGGUUCGCCCCGUGGAACCCGUGUGGAGCGAGGAAAGACCAGAUAUAUGAGGGACUCUCGGUGGUGUUGGACCCGAUGCUUCCAGUGAACGGGGGGAAGACAAAUUGGGUGACUGUCAUGCACUAGCGCGUUGUCUAGUCAAAGUGAGGCCUCCAGGACUUCAUGAUGACCUCGAUGGACUACGACGUGGACUCUAUGAGCGGUCUGAUGCCGCAAAUCCUCGCCCUGACUGCACCUCCUGGUAGUCGAGACCUCACCAAGCAGCUGAGUGGAGGGUCAGGAACAGGCACCAAGGAGGGCCUGGCUGCACACCCUUACUUCCGACGGCCAGGCCGGGGCCACAACCAUGACUCGUGCGAUGCCUGCGGGGAGGGUGGUGACCUGAUAUGCUGCGAUGUGUGUCCGGCCUCCUUCCACCUCAUGUGCCAUGACCCACCACUGGAUGAGGAGGAGAUACCCAUGGGCCGCUGGGCAUGUCACCAGUGCAGGGUGACAGGGCCUGAUGAUGACAGAACAUCCGUGUCCAGCGGCAAGUCUAACAAGAGUGCCAAGGGCAUCAAGAGGAAAGAAAAGGAGGAUGACAAGGGGGCACUUGCAGCCCUUGGCAAGUCUGAGGUUAAUGACAAGAGGGUUUGUUCUGGGGGGAAGGAGUUUGAGGUGUCUGACUCUCCUCUGCUCACCCUAGUCAAGGCUGCAGCAUCCAUCAACCCAACACAGUUUGCUUUACCAACAGAGAUGCAGCUGCCCUCCAGCUUCCCUGGAGAAGCAAAGAUGAAUAAAGGUAACGGGAAUAGAAAAGGAUCUCAGAAGAAGAAGGCCUACGAGCUGGACAAUGGACUGGUGCCCUUGCCGGCCAAACUGUGCUUUCAGUGCAACAAGAGCUGUCGCACAGGUCCCCUCAUCCCCUGUGACUACUGCCAGCUGUUCUUCCAUCUGGACUGUCUGGACCCUCCCCUCACCACGCCACCCAUGAACAAAUGGAUGUGCCCCAACCAUCCGGAACACUUUGUGGACUCAACACUGCUAACAUCCCACAGUCUAACAGAGAGGGUCAAGCUGUGGGAUAAAUUCACUGUCCCAGUAGACCAGGACGCCAUUCGCCUCAAGUUCUUCCAGCAGGUGCACAGAAAGAACCCACCCUUCAGGUACAAAGUGCGGCGAGCCCUCAGGUCCAGAAUACGAGUGCCGCAAGCUGUCAAAGACCAGUAUGCAGAUCCUCCUGACUUGCUGCCUCGCCAUGGCCCGCCGCUUUACCUCUUGGCACCCCCCUUCUCAUCAGACCUCGAGGCCUCUACUGCCACCACUGUACCUGCUUUCACCACUGCCAGCAAGGAGAGGCCCAUCACCACUGCUGCCACGACCAUAGCCUCCACCACUGCCUCCAACAUGCAGCUAACUCAGAGGCUGGAGGUGAAGGAGGAGCCAGGGGUCACUCCAAUGGAGGAGGGGAAUGACAUCUCUGAGGGGGUGAAGACAGGGGACAAAAGAAAUGAGACAGAGAGGAAAAAUGCAACAAAAGAAGAAAUUGAUGAGUGGUUGGCAAGCCUGUUAUGCUUGCAAGCAAGCAUAGUAAAGCACCUGGCCCACAGCACCUCCAACAGCCUCAGCAAAGCCUCAGAACGAUCCAAGGAGCUCAAUGGACCCGUCCCCCUGGGCUGCAGCGGCAGCAGCAGUAGUGGCGCCGGCAGCAACAGUACAGGGAGUGAUGGGGCUCCAUCUCUGGAGCGGCCGGGAUGCAUGAACGGUGAUCUGUCGGCCCAUGAGUUGAUUGCUGGCAAGCACCAUCGCUUCACCACUGACCCGCGGCGGCAGCAGGCCACGGUCAACAAUAACUUCCAGGCACCCGCACCGUACCUGCCUGCCAAGAAGGGCAUUCUUAAAAACCAGAAAGGAAAGGGCAUUGCUACUCCAGGGGUGAAGGCUCCUCGCCAAAGGAAACAAACGGCCUCUGAAAUUCUGUCUGAGACGUUAACCUCGCUGGCCUCCUCCUUGCAGAGCUCCAUCACUGGCAAGCAGGAUGUGUCCCUGAAUCAGCUGGAGCGCUCGGUGGUGGACGUGUUAGCAUGGCAGAGACUGGAGCAGCUGCUGUGUCCGCCUGGCCCCUCCACGCCCCCUGUGGUGACCAAGCCUCUGCCUGCUCGUGCCCUUGUCUGCCCCCUUGUCCAGGACUCUCACUUGCAGGACUGGGCCGUCAAGAGCCCCACCCCCACCUACAGCUCUGAACCUGUGCUCAUGACCUACAGGAUAAUGAGGGUGGGGAAAGGAAGCCAUAACCACUUAGAUUUGAGUAAAUAUGGCCACUGUAACUACAUAUCCCAGGAGCACGCAGCAAUAUUUUUUGAUGAGUACACAGGCCACUACGAGCUGCUCAACUACAGCUGCUAUGGCUCUCGUGUGGACAGCGUUCUCUACCAGUAUGACCCCAGUGAGCGAACCGUCAGCCAGGCGCCCCCUCCCCCCCUACUCCAGCAGGUCCGGUCCAUCAUCAACCAGAGACGUAGCUUGCAAGGAGGUCAGUCCGGACAAGAGGCCAUGACAGACACCCCCGGCCAGUCCCUCACCCGAUGUAACUGCAAGCGAGGCAAGGCGAAAGCAGGAGCUGCGUCCCGGGGCGCCCCCACAGCUGCGACGGGUGGCUGGGAAGGCGGGGCUGUGCUGCACCACGGCUCCCACAUGUUGUUUGGGUGCAUCCCCUUUGUGUUCAGCAUCAUGGAGGAGGCCAGCAAGGCAGACUGGGUGGACACAACUCUCAAGACCUAUGAAAAGUUCUUUAAGCAGAGCGAGGAAGAGGCUGAGCAGGAAGAGGAAACGAAAGUCAAAGAAGAGGUUGAAGAGGAAGAAGAGGAUGAAGAAGAAGAGGAAGAGAAACCUAAAAAGGAGAAAACCACAAAGUCAUGAGAUUAAUCCAAAAUUAAUUUGACAAUAAUUUUGAUUUGAUAGCAUCAACAGAUUGUUUCUAAUGACGGUUAUUGAAAAGUGUUUAAAGUCUAGAGUUUAUAUAAAUAUACAUAUAAUGAAAAUAAUAGGAAUCCUAUUUAAUAGAUUUGGUAUUUUGAGACUGGGAAAUUGGAUAUAUUCCAAGAAAGUGCAAACAAAGCUACAGCUGCUGCUAUUGAAAAGAACUUUGCCUUGUAAGAGACAAUGCUCAUAUUUUAUUACGAGAGAUGACCAAACAGGACCACGUGAUGUCGGAAGUGACGGGCAUUUGAUUUUAUCAGAAUCUCUAAAACUUAUGUGUUCACACACUGUCACUGACCCCAGGAAAAGGCUGCCCCGUGGAGGGAGGGAGUGCGCAGUGCAACUGAGUGACCUUUCAGCAGCCAUGCCCGGUGGACUGGUGAGGGUCGUGCAGGGAGCAUGAUGGCAAGUUUCUGCACAAAUAUGAUGGACCCAAACUGUCGGGACACAGCCUCGCGGGCUCAGUGGGCGGUGCUGCCGUUUCUUACCGCUUGCCUCCAGAUUUUUCUUCUGGCGGCUUCUUUAAAAGCAUUUUGUUAUGAGUAAUAUUUGUAAUUUUAUCCAGUUUCUUAUAAGAGAUGAUGUUGGUACAUGGUUGUAGCUUAUAUUUUGUGUACCAAGAAGGCUUCUGUGUUAUCUACAGCUCUCAAUAUUGAACAAUCUAUAUGUAUUUUUAGUGCUAAUAUAUUAUGUAGCAAAUUAUGUAAAUAGUACACUUAAUGAAUGUCCUUAUAAACUGACAAAUAUUGUACAUAAUGUACAAAUUCAAUGAUGUUAUUUUAUAUGGAUAGAGUAAAUCUUACAUGAGGAGUCCUAACUUCCUGUGUUGCCUGGCCAGCCAACCCUCACCUCCUCCUUUCUCCCACCCAGGCGUCUUGUGGCCUGUCUGUCCUUGUGUACAUAGCCAAGUUAAAGCUCAUACUCAUUGAUUCAGGAACUAUUCACACUCAUCCUCCAGCCACCUUCUUUUUAGCAGUCUUGUAAAUUUUCAGAAAAUGUGUUUUUGUGUUAAAAGAUUUUAUUAUUUUAGCAAAGACUUCAUCAAUAUACAGGAAUUGGUGAUAGGAUAUAUUGUAAAAUUUGUAUACUUGUAUUUUUAGAGCUGAGUGUGAUCUGGGAAUGUUCUACAAAACAAGCUCAUGUGUAGACUGCCAAACUGUUAAGGCUGCACCAAAGUUAAAUUGUGAAAAGGAGAGCAACAAAAACUUUAAUUAGUGGGUAAUGGUUCUGGGAGUUUAUUUCUGUUCUGAUUUUUAAAGUCAAGAACAGAUACAAAUCUUCCAGUCGGCCAUCAGUUUGUUGUUGGCAGUCUGGGAACGGAGUAUGUACCUGAUGCUUUGGUCGUGCUAUGUAUGCUGCUGUACUGCUCUUUAUUUGGGUUAAGAAAUGCUUCAAUAGCCAUAUUACUGAAUGCCUUCCCAACACUCUUGACCUCACUCUGCACAGAGGCUCAGAAAAGGCCAAAGGCAUAGGAAUUGUUGUUGAAUGAAUAGACAGGCAAGAUAACAAAUGUGUCUGGCUCAUGUGAACUCUCUUGCUCAGUCCGCUGAACCCCCUGACAAGGUUGAAUACAACUGGUUAUUUUAUUCUUAUCGUUAUUAAGUAUCGAUAGUGAAACCAAAUUGUCGAGUCCAUUUGGGCGGAGGCUCCCGUGGGUCCUUUCCUCCCCUCUGCUCUGCCACACAGUCCCAACACCUAUCUCUUCCUCUCAUAUGUAAGCUAUAGGUAACAUAUGAGAGGAAAAAAUAGGUGUUGGGGCUGUGUGGCAGAGCAGAGGGGAGAAAUGGACCCUUGGGAGCCUCCGCCCAAACAGACUCGACAAUUUGGUUGGACUAUAGGCUCAAGAAAUUCUGAAACUCCCACCUCCAGUGAGUCACAGCUGAACACACAGAUCAAGCUGUUCCCCCACACCCGCACACCUUACACUCGUCAUUAUUGUAUUAUCUUUGCUGUAAAUGUUUUCACUCAUGUACAGAAGAGCAGUCUUAUACACAAGUAUUGAUAUUUUUAUAAUUUUGUCCAUUGAAUUUUUGAAGUCAUUCCCACUUAUCUUUACCUAACAUCAGUGACAAGAGUUUAUAUUGCCAAGUUGUGUGAGCAGAAAUCCAAAAGCAUCUCUUCUGUCUGUGGUAGAAAGAACUCUUGUUAUACUGCUGCUCAGUCUCAGUGUGAAUAUCUGCAAGAGUGAAAAAAAUUCCCAGCCUGUUGGCAAUAUAAUUCCUUAAGUCAAGUCUUUUCUAGAUCAGCUUUAGGCCUCUCAUUAUAUUUUUAUUUGAUUCAUGGUAUCUAUUCCAUUCAAUUGUUUCUUCAUGGAACAAUUCACACCACCUUAUUAUGUGAAAACCUAAUCCUGACAGUGAAUUACAGACAAAACUCUUUCUUUCCAGUAAAUUCAAUAUACACAUCGUAACAACAACCUAACUUCGCCACCUCAUUGGCUGCAUCACUUUUCAUCAUGCCCACACGUGGUGGUUAGCACCUUUGGGUCAGAAACUAGGCCUGGGUACCCAUGCACACUCAUCUGCUGUUUAUUGGUUAGUUAAAUAAGAAUAAAUGAGAAAAACACCCUGCCUCGCUCCUGCAUUCAUCAGGAAAAAACUCCCUCCCAUGCACACCCCCACACUCACGGAACUGUCCCAGGGUACAGGCCAUUCAGUAGGACAAUGAUCCUUGCAGGAAUCCCUGGAGUCAUAGAUCACAGAGUGCCUCACGAUGCACUGAAUCAAUUGGCUUCUUUUGAUCAACAUGGGCUGCAAGCAUCCCCAGAUAUAACUUGUGUUGGCUUUCAACCAGUAAGUGAGGCGCUAGGAUACAGUAAGUUGUUAGCUUACCAGGCGUGAACCCAAACUGCUCAGGUUUCUGCAGCGCCAACAGCUGGUUGCAACUCCACAUCAGCAAUAGCAAGCACUUUACCUGGCAUACUGAACAGCAUAAUAUCACAGUGGUUGUAGCAGUCUUGGCAAUCCCCUUUCCCUUUCCAGAUAGGGAUGACCAGCCUCCUCUUCCAUUCAGGAGGAAUGGUACUAGAUUGCCAUAUGGCGGUCAAGACUACAUGCAACCCACAGAUCAUGCAUGGCCUUACCUCCACCUUUAGGCAACUCUGCACUGAUCUUGCAAAUACCGGGGCAAAGUCUGAAACCUGCUUUGUCAAAUUAUCAUCCCUACCUGAUGCUUUGUUAAAAAGUUCUUACCGAAAAAUUAUAUAGCACGGCCUCUGAAACCCAUAGUAUAGUAUAGUAUAUAUAUGAAUCAUCAUCAUUUCAUUAAACAUCUGCUUCCACUCUUCCUGAGCGGUUGGACGCUUUAUGGCUCUCCUCCAUUCUGCCCGAUGCUCAUCCAAUCCCAUCAAUGCUAAGUCUUCCUUUAUACACCUUCACAUUUUCCUAGGUCUACCAACUGGUCUCCUUCCUUCUACCUCCAAUCUCUCCAAAACUCCCAGCACUGUAUCCUCCCCUGCUCUCUUUACAUGUCCAAACCUUCGGAGUCUUUCCCUUCUGAGCAUUUACCACCAAGUCAUCUGUGUACAGCAGCUCCCAUGGUGCCUCUCCUCUUGCUUCCUUUGUUGCCUCCUCCAUUACUGUUAUAAACAAGAGCGGGCUGAGGGCAGAUCCCUGGUGAAGCCACACUCCAAUUUCGAACUCGUCUGAUGUUCCCACCACUGUUUUCAUUCUCGAUUUUGUACCUUCACAUAGUCCCAUCACCGAUUCAACCAAUCUUUCUGGUACUCUUUGCCUUCUCAAUGCCCAUCUUAUAAUUUCCCUUGGUACUCUGUCAAAUGCCUUCUCUAGAUCUACAAAAACAUGAUACAGUCUCCUCCUCUUCUCCAUAAACCUUUCCUGAAGCCCUCUCAUAGUAUAUAUUGCUUCAGUUGUUGACCUCCCAGGACAAAAGCCAAACUGACAUUUAUCAAUUCUUAUCAUCCUUCUCAGCCUCUUCUCCAGGACUUUUUCAUCUACCUUCCUGCCAUGCUCCAGAAACCUUAUCCCCUAUACUUACCACAUUUCAAAGCAUCUCCUUUCCCUUUAAAAAUGGGCAUAGUGUAGCUUCCAUUCCAGUCUUCUGGUAUCUGGUAUAUAUAUUUGAAUGUAAAUUGCAGUUGGGAACAAGCCAGUUGUAGAGAUCUCUGUAGAGGAGUAAGGCAGGGAGGACUGGGGAGAGAUGGCCAAAGGGUCGCCUGUUCUGCGGCCCCAUGACAGACAGCCUUGUGCCGUGGCCUCCGAAAGAUAUUGGCCUGGGUACUGGGUUGAUGACAUCGCGAGUAGGAGGAUUUUCAGGUUUUCAUUGCACUGAAAUGCUGUACUCUUGCCUGAUAUCAGCAAAUCACCAGAUAAUAUUUAGGAUCACUGAGUCAACUAUUAUGUUCAUGAUACUUUGCCAUAUAUCAUGAGCUUAAUCACAGUAAGACUAGUUUUAUUAAGAUAAUGGAAGGAAAAUAAGAGUGAAUAAACAUUUCGUCUUAGCUUCGUUUUCUUCAAGUCGCUGUAACUCUCACGGUUUUGCUUGCAUUGAAUUCUCAGUUGCUGUAUCAUGUCACACUUUUCCAGUUCUUUUGGUGUGUAAGAAAUACCAAUAAAUAAAGCAGGUGGUCAAAAUUGCCAAGGAAAUUAAAAUGACUGCGAACUGGCGAGGCGACGGGUAAGCACGCCUUGACCUCUGAAGAAUUUUUGGAGGCCGUGCACUCAACCCUAAUGUCACCUGUUUGCAGUAAUUUUACCUUCUCGGCAAUCUGGUCCACUUAAUUUUUCCUUCUCGGUACUUGUUACACACCAAAAGAAACCGAAAAGUGUGACAAUAUUUAAACAGUGGCUGAAAAUUCAAUGCAAGCAAAACGAUGAGGUUACAAUAAGUUCAAUAGAGAAGUACGAAAUAUACUUUUUUUUUGGUCCAUUAUCUUAAUAUAAGUAGUUUCCACCAUGAACAUGAUAGUAGACUCAAUAUUCCUAAUACUGUCUGGUAGUUUACUAAUGUUGGGUAAGAGUACAAAAUUUUAUUCCACUGAAGCCUGAAAGUCCGCCUACUCUUGCGACAUUAUUAACACAAGACCCAGGCCAGUAUUUUUCGGAGGCCAUGUUUGUGCCAACUGAGGUGCGGAAAAAUAUUGACUCUUAUAUCAACACUGCCCCAAACAUCUUUCUUUUAUGCUAAAUCAAGUAACUCCAAUUCUAUGCAAACAGAGCCAGUGUAAAUUAAGGUCAAAAGUAUUUAUGAAUGGGAAGCCAUGCCCUGUAUUCUAUGUUACCUCAUUUAGCUUGUACUCAGUAAAUUUGGUGUGUCAAGUUGGUUGGACUGUUCAAAAUGCAAGAAUCUAAAAGCCUGAGUUGAUUAAGUAUGAUAAUUGUUAUCAAGUAAAAGUUGUAUUAAAUUUAUGGAAAGGUUGUUGAGAUGACUUCAAAUAUUAAAUUACAGGACAUCAAAUAAUUUUAUCAAAACAACAUCUUUGUAUAGAAUCAAUGUGUGGACCAAUUUUUCAGUGCUCCUGUGAAUUAAUUGUUUUCAGUGCAAUAGUUUGGAUUCAUAUUUACUUCAAUACCUUUAACAAGUAAAGAAGCAAAGGUAUAUCAAUCCUGAAUGAACAGAAAAUGUCUUUGCAAUACCUGUAACAAGUUAAGAAGCAAAGACUUGUCAAUCCUGAAUGAACAGAAAAUGUCUUUGCAAUACCUGUAACAAGAAGCAAAGACUUGUCAAUCCUGAAUGAACAGAAUGUGUCUUUGCAAUACCUGUAACAAGUUAAGAAGCAAAGACUUGUCAAUCCUGAAUGAACAGAAUAUGUCUUUGCUGGAUCAUUAUAGGGAUUGUACAUCAAACUAAGGAAAUAACCUUCAGCUUUAGAUCCCUUGCAUUAAAAAUUUCUUCACUGCAACCAAGAAUGACUUAGUACUUACAUAAAUUUUGACUUAAGCUUUCAAAUGUGCUUUUUUUUUCACUUUGAAGUCUUUUCAUUUAUAUUUAUAGAGCUAUUAAGUAAUUUUCAGUUGAGUGCAAUUUUGCCUCUUAUAGAAACUCCUUAUUAAAUGGUUCUGGUACUUGCUUGAUAAAUUGUAAGGUCUCACGAGGUCCUGAGAAGAAAUUCCCCAUUGUUGAGAGAGGCCAGUGCUGCUUGACAAAAUCUGAUGCCCUAUUUUUCCAUUGGUUUUCCAGUUACCGUAAGUGAUGUAUUUAUGUAAAACUGAUUUUUUUAACAUUGUAUAUGCAAUCUAACUUUAUAUGGAGUAACUGUCUGAUUCCUUGAAGUCAAUGUAGUGGUAUUAAUUUUGUAAGUCAUACAAGACAUUCAUACACACACACACACACACACACACACAAACACAUUUUUUAAUAAUUAUGUAUAGAAAAUUACUAUUUUUGUAUCAGCUGACAUAGUCUAAAUCUCCUUUAUGUAUGAGUAGGACUAGGAGGAAUCCUAAGAAUUUCAAGAGGCAUAAAUUCAACGUUUCCCAGAUACUAAUAAUAAGCCUAAGAAAUAAAUAUAAAUUAUUAAUCCUU